GCCGAGGCGCGGGGGAGGAGGAGGGAGAGGUUUGCUAGAGGGAGCGAGGCCGCGCGAGCCGGCGGCGGUUCGUAUUACCGGGGUCGGGAGGAGGAGCCCGGCUGGGCCCGCGCGGACUCGCGCAGGGCGAGCGGGAGGCGCGGAGGAGGCGGGAGGCCGGCGGCCCGGUUGCGAGGAGGCCGGCGGGAGGCCGGGGGCUGAGAAUUAGGGCGUGGGGGCGCACUCCUUUCCUCCGCCGCCCUCCGCCGCGGCCUUGGCGGCCGGGCCUCCGGUGCCCGGCAGGCCGGGGAGCCGCCCGCCGCUGCCGAGGGCCCGUCCCGGGGCGAGGCGGCGGGGCGGCGGAGCGUGGAGGUGCGGACGCGAGGCCUGGACGGCGCGGCCGGGUGAUGCUGGGCCCCUGUGCUUCUCCAGAGGAAAGGGGACCCCUUCCCACCACCAGCACCGCAGAACAGCCGUGCCCCCGGGCUGCCCCAGCCAGGCGUUUGGACCUCAGCCCUAGAGGGAGUCGGGCAGCUGUGAGUUUGCCUGCCUCCGUUAAGUGCCCUUAGGAUGCAGUGAUCUAGGCAUCAGGCUCUCCCUGCGGGAGGGGCUCUUCCUGCGCUGGUGAACUCGGUGCAGAGAAAAAGGACAGAAUGAUGCUCUCCGAGCAAGCCCAAAAGUGGUUUCCGACCCAUGUGCAGGUCACCGUGCUCCAAGCCAAAGAUCUUAAGCCAAAAGGCAAAAGUGGCACCAAUGACACAUACACUAUAAUUCAGCUGGGAAAGGAAAAGUACUCCACCUCUGUAGCUGAGAAAACCCUUGAGCCAGUCUGGAAGGAAGAGGCCUCUUUUGAGCUACCUGGGCUGCUAAUGCAGGGGAAUCCAGAGAAAUACAUCCUUUUCCUCAUAGUUAUGCACAGGUCCCUGGUGGGUCUGGAUAAGUUUUUAGGGCAGGUGGCCAUCAAUCUCAAUGACAUCUUUGAGGACAAACAAAGAAGGAAAACAGAGUGGUUUAGAUUAGAAUCCAAACAAGGAAAAAGAGCCAAAAACAGGGGUGAGAUAAAGGUCAAUAUUCAAUUUAUGAGGAACAAUAUGACAGCAAGUAUGUUUGACUUAUCAAUGAAGGACAAAACAAGAUCUCCUUUUGCAAAAUUAAAAGAUAAGAUGAAAGGUAGAAAAAAUGAUGGGACAUUUUCUGAUACAUCUUCUGCAAUCAUUCCAAGUUCUCACAUGCCUGAUGCCCAUACUGAAUUUUCAAGUAGUGAAAUACAGAUGAAAUCUAAACCAAAAAAGCCUUUCCUUUUGGGUCCUCAGCGACUCUCUUCAGCACAUUCAAUGUCUGAUUUAACUGGGGCCCACAUAUGCUCGGAGAAGCUGAAGUCUGGCACCGUUGCUCAAACGCAUCUUCUUGGCCGCCAGAUAGAUUCCUUUGGAGCAGUUCCGGAAAGUGGAAGUCUCAAAUCUCCACACAGAAGAACAUUAAGCUUUGAUACUUCUAAAAUGAACCAGCCUGACAGCAGUGUGGAUGAAGGUGAAUCGUCUUUCGGAAGACAAAAUGACCCAUUUACAAAUGUGACUGCUUCAUUACCCCAAAAAUUUGCAACACUGCCAAGGAAGAAAAAUCCAUUUGAAGAAAGCAGUGAAUCAUGGGACAGCAGCGUGAAUUUAUUUUCAAAAUCAAUUGAAGUAAGAAAAGAAAACAAGAGAGAAAAAAGGGAGAAAGUCAGCCUCUUUGAAAGAGUGACUGGAAAAAAAGACAGACGAUCUGAUAAACUUAACAACGGGGGAGCCGAUAGCCCUUGUGACUUGAAAUCACCUAAUGCGUUUAGUGAACAUCGGCAGGACUAUUUUGAUUAUGAGUCAACUAAUCCGUUUACAACAAAAUUCAGGGCUUCAAAUAUUAUGCCAUCUUCAAGGUGCACGGCCAGCUUGUGGUACUUUUGGCCAAGGGUACUGUGGGCCAACUUGCUUUUGUCCCCUCCUUCAUGGAAGAGUUACCUCUGCCUAGAUUGUCUUCAGCCUGUCAGAGGUUUUCAUGUGAAUCCGACAAGUCAUGAGGACCUCAGGAAGAUUCCGGAGAGCAACCCCUUUGACGCCACUGCAGGCUACCGCAGUCUGACCUACGAGGAGGUACUGCAGGAGCUGGUGAAGCACAAGGAGCUCCUGAGGAGGAAGGACUCGCACAUCCGGGAGCUGGAGGACUACAUAGACAACCUCCUGGUCAGGGUGAUGGAGGAGACGCCCAGUAUUCUCAGAGUGCCCUACGAGCCGUCCAGGAAAGCUGGCAAAUUCUCCAAUACUUAACAAGCCGGUGGUACUGCAUUUAUAAUCAGGGGCGGGGCGGGGGUAGGGAGGGAAGGAGAAAGAAAGGACGAAAGGACGAGAAAUAGAAGAAAAGCUUGGUACUGAAAAAGAGGCCACGCUAUCAGGUUUCAUUACGUACUCUCCUUCAUUGUGAAAAAUCGUUUCACCUGUAAAUAUUAGCAGAGACUAUCAAGAGUGACCUUUGAAGUGAGCUCAAUAAUUUAAACCUUUAAAAAAUAAUAAUAAUUUAAACCUUUAAAGUGAAAAUGGGCCAGAUUCUCGUGAAUAAGCCGUUCCUUAGGAUUCACUUAGGUGCUGGUGCUGGCCCACUAAUCUCCCUUAGGCCUAGAAGUAUCUUCAGAAGUACAUGACGUAUUCCUCAGGAACAGGUUUCUCGUAAAGCAAAAUUGAAACUGUGGUUGGUUUCUCAGAAGUCAAUUUGUAGACAUUUAGCUGCAGGAAUACUGAUCAUUAUAAACACUACUAAAAAAAAAAGGUUCAUAUUUUAUAUAUAUAUAUGUGUACAUGAAUAUCUAGAUGUUCAUGUAUCUUUGUAUGUAAAAUAUGUGCAUAUACCUCAUAUAUACGUGUGUUUUUAGAACAUUUAAAAACAACUGAUUGCCUCUAAAAUGAUAGGAUACCAAUUAGGGUUUCUUAAUCUGGAAAUAUAUGUGUGCUCUAUCGAUGCAAAACAAAUCAGCGUUGCUAUUAAUACUCUAAAUGGUUUGUUAUAGAGAAGCUGCUUCAAAUCACUCUUGACUAUAUGAACCUUCGUUUCAAAAUAAGCUGCUACUAUAUAUUAUUCUACCAUCAGAUCCUUUCUCUUUUUCCAAAGUAAUGACCCAAAGUCCCUUUUUAAAGAAUGAUGUGUUUUAGGAAACUUCAUUAACUUCACAACAGCAUGAGUUUUUUAAAUUAGUUUUUUGUCUUAAUAUCUGAGCUUUGUUUAAGCUUUAAGCAGAAGAUAAGCAAAUAUGAUUUGUUUUGUUGAGAUUUUGAAUGUCUUUAAAAUACUAGCAAAGAAAAUACUAGGAAGUUAUUUCCGAAGAUAAUUUAGUGGGGAGUAGGUGAUCAUUCUGAUGCCUGGUAACCCAGAGCAAUGAGCAAAUUCUAGGAAUGAUGAAUUAGGCUUGGUUUCAAGUUACAUAAAUAAUGGAACAGAUGGUUGCAUUUGGGUUCUGAACCACAAUAAGAUUUACUAAAGGAGGGGUGAGUUCUUAGAACAGAUCUUGACUAGGAUGACAAUUUAUACUGUUCUGCAUACUCAAAACCCUUUAAAAAUAAAUCAGUAUCACAAAACUGUAUGUUAACUUUUUUUAAAGUCUGCUCCCCCAAAAUGUUGACUGCUUUCAUGAAUUUUCUUUAUAUAUUUGUACAAAAUUAGUCUUUAAAGUGGAAAAAUAGUGAUAUUUUAUAUUACUAAUUGUCUGCUGCUCAUUUUUUAACUUUAAAAGUCUGAAAUACAUACUGUGUAAUACUGAAAUCUGUUUCUUCUAAAGGAAAUUUACAAUGAAAAGUUCACCUGUAUACAGAGACAUAUAUUCCCCAAUCUUUUACCAAAUACAUUUUUGUCUUAAUAUUUGUCUCUACUAAGACUUCAUUGAGAGUUAAAUAACAAAGCACAUAUAAUUGCUCAGUUUAAUAUUUUGAGUCAGAUAAUAUUUGGCCAAGUUUAUAUUCAUAAGCUAAAAUUCCUUAUUAUUUGUAUUUUUCUGAGUUGCGUUGUUUUCCUAUGAGAGCACAAAUUUUGAAAUUCUGAAAAAAAAUCCCAAAUGUUAAUACAAAAAAUUUUUAAUAUGAGGAAAUAGAGAAGGAAAAAUAGCUCUUGCCAACUUUUUCCUUCACUUCUAAAUUUCUGUAGUAAAUGUCACUCACAGUCUGGUGUAAAAUUUUAUUUUCUCAUUUGAGGUCUUAGUAGUUCUUAUUUUUUAACAUCGUGCCAUUUUUAGUUAACAUUUGUUAAAUGUUGCACAAUUCUUAGUUUUUCUAUUGGUAUAAUUGAGGCUCUUCUCACACUUUUAAAAGUAUUAGAAUCCAUGUGUUUUCAGUAUUAUGACAUUAUCUGCAGAUAUUUUAAUAUGCUUUGGCCAAAUUUACUAUCUAUAGAAUGACCCACAAUACCAGUGUUGUACUUGGGGAUAUGUUUUAUAUAAACAAAGCUCAUGAAAAAGUAUGAUUCAGGGACUACUAUUUUUUUAAUGAGGAAAUUCAUUUUUAAGGAGAGAAUCUUGGCCUGUGUGAAAACUGUUAAGGAUUAGACUUAGCCUUGGUGAAUGAUUUGGCUAUAACUGCAUCAAUAUUUUUAUCUUUUAUUCUGAGACAAGAACUGUAUUGAAAACUGAAUCUGCGUUUAUCACUGCCUGAAAUGUUCUUUUCUGAUGUUUAUGAACUUUCUUUCAUUCAUGACCUAGAGUCAGACUUACUCUGUAUUUUCAUAAUCAAUUCGUCAAUAUAAUGAACUAAAAAUGCAAAGUAAAAAUGAGUUCCUAAGUAAACAAUACCAGUGUUUCCUGUGUUUGUGAGUGGAAGUGCAAGUGGAGUAGUAUUCAUUUCUAGCAUUGUAGAAAAAAGGCCAAAGGAUCACAUUGGUUUAUUUUUCCAAACUGUAACUUUUAAGUAUUAUAAUGGUAUGUUUUUUUAGUAAGUUAGACAUGGAAAUAAAACAUAUAUACUCAUUAAUGCACAGCACAAUAGACUUACAGAGAUUACUUCUGCUUUUAUGCUUUAAAAAGGCAUGCUCAAAAAUAUUUCCACAAAAAAGAGGAUUUUUUAAAAUUGGUUUGUGAUAGUCUCAAACCUGUCUUAAGCUAACACAGUUCUGUUAUGUAAUUAAAAAUGCCUCUGCUAAUAUUUUUUAAAUAGUGUAGUUAUACAGCCAGCUCCCCUCCAAAUUCUAAAAUUCAGCUUCAAAGUAUUGAACAUACACUCCUACCACUUAGGCUUCAGGUUCAGUUAUUGAAUACCAGGGAGUAAAUGUUAGAAUUGUAUAUAAAAUAACCUGUCACCCAUUCACAACUCUUUUAAGUAUUGCUUUUUGCUGCUGUAUUCUGCAUUGAGCCUAGUUCUGCCAUCCUCCCAUGAAUGUAGUAUUAUCCAUAGAUUAUACAUAACUAUGUCUGUUGCUUUUAACAGCAAAUGAAGAUUUUGUUAUAAUUUUCCAGCUGUGAAAAUGUUGCCCUGUAUUUAAAGGGGUUUCAUGAAUGGAAACCUAAAGUAAAACUCAGCUCGUUAGUGACAGACUUGCUUUCUUCUCAUCCUUCACCAACUCCUCCACCCUCGUAAGAGUGCUUAUUCUUCAGCAAAGAGAGCUCAAAAAAAGAAAAAAAAAAUUGCUGCCUUUAAUAUAUCUGUUGUUAACACUAGAGCUUUUAUUUUCCUCUGUUGCUUUUUAGAAAAAGCAGCCUACCCUGGAUUUGCAAAACAAGGUGAAACUUUCUGAUGUCUGUGUGCUCAUAUGUCUUAUAGAUACGGUUGGUGUCAUUCGUGUGUGUAAGUGAAAUACGAAGCAUGCUCAUUUCCUCACUCUCUUUGAAGUAAAAGGAAAAGUAUCGCAGUGCUGCUGGCUCAUGAUUAUAGUUGGAAGGGUCUGUCAGCCCACACCGAAAGCCCCCAUUUUCACAGAUUCAUAACUUUAAUAACCCAGAUGCACUCAUUGGAAGUACUUAAUAUGCAAUAGGUAGCACCUUAACUAAUUAAUCUGCAUAUGAAGGGUUUUCUGAUGUAUUUAACAAGAAGUGUAGAAGCUCUUCAAGCAUUAAACUAGAGUUGACAUUUUAUUUAUUUUCCAUGUCAAAAAAUCCACUCUUAUAAUGGAACUGAAGUCUGUAACAAAUGAUACAUUGGGCUUAUAAUCUUAAGUCUUCUAGGUGGUUUUAUUUUGAGGUACAAAAAAAUGCUGCAGAUCUAGAACUGUAUUUAGCAGGUAUUUGAAAGAUACAAGCAUUAUUUAUAACUGAGGAGUAUUACAAUUACUAAGGAAAAUGCUCUAGUAACUUGUAUACAUUUUUGCAGGUACAAACUUAAAAGUAUGUAAGCAUUACAUAAUGUGACCGUUGUGUAAUUUAUGUAAUCUGAUGCAUGAAUCAGAAUUUUUAUAUAUGAUUAUUGGUUUAUUGUAGUUGAUUAAAGUGUUUAAUCUUGA